AUGAUCAUAGUUGCUAAGAUCCUCAUGCAACGACUUUGGCAGACAGGCACCGAGUGGGAUGACCCUGUGUCAAAAGAACUUCAUGAACAUUGGAUUCCUCAUCGAACAUCGUACAACCAUCUACAGCAAUUUGAAAUUAUAUGUCAUAUUGGCAACAUAAUGGACAACCAACAAGGUUGUAUUCUACAUGGUUUUUCAGACAGCUCAGAAAGUGUCUAUGCGGCAGCUAUCUACAUUAUCUCAAAUAACACCGGACAUUUAUUGGCAUCCAAAACUCGUGUUGCCCCGCUGAAAAAAGUCACAAUACCGAGGCUGGAAUUAUGUGGCGCUACACUUCUACCACAGUUGAUGCAUUCACUAAUGGAGUCACUUCAACUGCAAGUCGAUGCAGUAACAAUGUGGACGGAUUCCACCGUCACAUUGCAGUGGAUACAAAGUGAUGCCUAUAAAUGGACCACCUUUGUAUCAAACCGAGUAAGUCAAGUACAGUCACUAGUUCGAGCAGCUGAGUGGAGACAUGUGCGUUCCGCUGACAACCCUACAGACCUGGCUUCCAGAGGUGCUUCAGGUGAUCAGCUCAUAAAUAACUAUCUGUGGUGGCAUGGACCUGAUUGGCUUUCUGACCAAAACCAAUGGCCAGACAUCAAAUUGAAAACUACAUCAGUGUCAGAUACAAAUGAAGAACGUCGACAUCAUCCUACCGUUUCUGUAUCACUGUUAAGCAACAUUGAACCAAUGGGGGAAGACUUAUUGACCAAAUGUUCAAAUUAUGAACGCCUCAAUCGCAUUGGUGCAUACAUCUAUCGGUUCUGUCACAAUUGUAGAAAUCCAAAGCGAUUGUCAGAACAUAUUACUGUCCAAGAAUACAAUCAAGAAAUAUAUAUUUUUGGAUCCGCAUCGCACAGCACUCUGUAUUCAUCGAUGAAGUGA